AUGCCUCCUGUAGGAAUUAUCAUCACUGUCACCGUUCUGGUGGCAGCCAGUAUAGCCGCCUAUGAGAAUCCUCAAGUACGAGCAUGGAUAGACCGGACAAGGCACAAGAUUGCCAUGGGCCUACACUCCCUCGGCGAUGAAAUUGGCCCGAGACCCCGUCCUCGACGUACUUCGACAGACGUCUCCAUGCAAGAGGAGAAGGGCGAAUUGGCCGAAGAGCGUCGACGCCAAGCGAUCGCCGACAUCAUGGAGCGUGGCCGGAUCAUGGAAGAGAGAAGGAAGAGAAGAAGGCUGGCUGACCAAGAUAAGGAAACACCGUCAAGCCCGACCUUUGAUACCCUCGUGGAUCAAGAUGGAAUUUUACUGCAGCCGGCACAAGAUCAACAGCCAGUCGCCGCAGCACACUCUUCCGGCGUUGAACCCUCAGCGCAGUCCGCCACUUUACGGCAGAGGCCCUCCCUUUCACAUCAAGAACAGCCCCCGGCCUCUAUACAUCAGUCAACAGACGCACCCUUUCCUGCAACCCUGCUCGAUGAGACUCAGCUCAACCCAUUCGAGUCAAGAUACGAGCGGGAGAUGCGUGAAGCAUGGAAUCUGCCCUUGCCUGAGCGACCGAUCCAACUCCUCUCCAGCCAUGCUUCAGAGAGCCUGAUUGAACUCACACCUACGACAGAAGGUGUGCCUGAUCCAGACUUUUCCAUUCCUUCCGCCGAUUACCUCCGCCGCCCAUUGGAACGAUCAGAGUAUUUUUCUGCUGCAGAUUCGAAUUCCACGCACACCCUUUCCGAACAUGAGUCGCAAGCAUCCUUUCCUGUUCAAAGCACAUAUCUAGACGCGCCCCGAAAUGCUGUCGCCAAUAGAUCCCCUCUAAACGCAACACCGCCAGCUUCCUCGACAUCCAGCAUUGCCGGCAGCGCAAGCAAUAUUCACGCCAGUGAGGCAGAAGACAGUUCUGAAGAUAUCCUCAGCGACUUUGCAGAUGGGAUACGCACUCCCUCAAGUGCGUGGACUGACGUCGACAGUACAGUCAGCGGGGAUUUCCAUUUGUAA